AUGGAGGAACAUUCUAUAUCGAUUCGCGCUGCAACUCCUCCUAUGUCCGCUAAGGGGUCUACGUCAAAGCAUGGAAACCAAGAUGGCAAGACUGCUUCAUUACCGGCUAGAUCAAGCGGCAGCUCUAGGAAUGGCGUAGAUGCCACACCUUCAUCAAGUCAGCGCCACCCGCCUGGAAGCCAUCGAACACCUAAAAUUCAAACCCCGAAAAAAUCUUCCUGGUCCAUCGAUGACGUUGUGGUAGCUUUACGAGAGUUCUCAGAAGAGAUCGGCACGGACGGCGCCAAGCUCACUGCUCGGUUGAUUCAUAUAGCUUGGAAAAAAGAAGCGCCCAAUCAGCAGUUUACGAGCAAGAAGGAUUGGUUUGCGGAUAUGAAACGCGCCCCGUUAGAAGGCGUUGGGAGAUCGUCAGAUACGAUAAAAAUUAAGUAUAAGAAUAGGAGUGAGAGGCUAACAAAUGCACAGCAAUUUGGCCAUGGUAGAUCUGGAAAACAGGAAAAGAAAGAACAACAUCAGGUCAUUUGCAUUAAAACCGAUGCAGAGAAGGUCCCGUCCUACGGUUUUCAUCAUGUUGAAAUCAGGAAGAAUAUUCUUUCUCCCAAUACUAUGCUUACUUACGUCCCUCAUCUACGAGAUCUGGCAGAUAAUGAAGAAGGCGUCUACCGCCGCUGGCUAGAAAAUUUAGAAAACAUGGACAAGACAUCUGGGUUUGCUACGCUAAGUCGGCACCAAAAGGUGACAAAGACCAUUCAAAAGGAGCGUGCGACUACCUUACUAUUAUAUCUCGACUCUUGGCUUGAUAGACUUGGCCUCAACAUUGAGAAUUGUACUAAGACCACCCUUAUCCGCUAUAUGGCCAGUCAGAGUGAUAAUGUCACUCCUCAGCAAAAGUCAAGUAUUCUGAAUUCAUAUAAUGAUGAGCCUGGGUCUCCGCGAUCGGCCAAAACUGUCAGAAUUUUCACGGAAGCAUUUGAUCGGGUCUUCAACUCACCUCUUCUACGCGAGCGCGCCGUGCCUCUUCGCGACGUCCUCUUACUAGAUAAGUCGGUUGAUACCAUCGUCGAUUCUAAGAAAUGGAUGAAGGAGACUCCUAGCCAAUCGAAAGUCACCGAAGAGCAGGCAACGGUCGAAUCUUUUCUCGAAACUUACGCGCUGCUUGGUUGCUUGAUAUGCACCAGCCAUUCCUGCGAACACGGCGAAUACGGUGUUGAUAACGAACGGAAGCGGUUCUCUAUCGAGGUAGUUGGCGGUUUGUCACCUAUGAUUCGUCAACAGCUUACGCAGAGAUCCAAGGGAAGGAUCGAAGAUAGCCCUACAUCUCGCAAAGUAAAAAAGCCUUGCGGCGAUGACUGCUUUUUGAAUGGGCGCCCGGGAACACGAGCCCGUGCAUGGAGUGAGAGUGAAAUAAUGCUCCUCAGAUCAUUCUUCUCGACGUUGAGCAACACGAAUAUACCGGUACAAUGCGCUACUUCUGUGGCCACUGGACGGCCCUGUUGGGAUGUCAGCCGUCAGCUCGAUAAGCUUGAUCUAACUGUUCCCAGUGCGGACCCCAUACCACAGGUUCAAGUGAAACCGCUACCUUGGUAUGAUAGGAAAAAGAAAAUGCUCAUAGGGGACUGGCAAGAUCAUACUAAUACCCACGAGCACCAGAGGAAGGACUGUUUUGAUCCAUGUAGCCAUGAAGGGCCGUGCACAAUGAAGAACUGUAGGUGCGUCCAAAACCGCCUUAUGUGCGAGCGCUUCUGUCGAUGCACAGCAGCAAUUUGCGCCAGCAAGUUCACCGGCUGUGCCUGUCACUCUCAUGGGAAGACAUGUGUCCCUAAGCAAAAGGAUCGGCCUUGCAUUUGCGUGCAGCUUAAUCGCGAAUGUGACCCUGUUCUAUGCGGGAGCUGUGGUGCUUCCGAUAGAGCCAACCCAGCAAAUGCGGAUAACGAUGCUCUACAUGCCGCUGGAUGCCAGAACUGUGCACUUCAGCGAGGCAGAUCAAAGUCGGUUAUGCUUGGAAGAUCUAAGAUUGCUGGCUAUGGACUCUUUGCUACCGAAGAUAUUGCACAAGAUGAGUUCGUCAUCGAGUACGUUGGUGAACUUAUCAGUCAGGACGAAGGGGUCCGUCGCGAGGCACGUCGCGGGGACGUAUUUGACGAGUCGUCUAAUUCAUCAUAUCUCUUCACCCUACUAGAGCAAGAAGGGAUUUGGGUUGAUGCCGCUAUCUACGGUAAUCUUAGUCGAUAUAUCAACCACCAGGAAACCAACUGUAAUGUUACGCCGCGAAUCCUCUAUGUCAAUGGCGAAUAUCGCAUCAAAUUCACGUCUCUGCGGGAAAUUAAGGCCGGGGAAGAGUUGUUUUUCCAUUACGGCGAGAACUUCCCAAAUCUGACUAAGAAGCUUUUGCAAGAAGAGAAAGCCGAGAAAAAGCGACGUAAGGCUAAGGAGCAAGCCCGCAAGAAAGGCCAGGAUGAUGAUGAAAAGCCAAGGAAGAAACCCGGUCGCAAGCCAGGUAGAAAACCAGGGCGUAAACCGGGCCGCAAACCAAAGAAAACCUUCGCUAAAGUCGAUUCAGAACCGGAAGACGAUGACGAAGCUCUUGAACCCACGGAAGAGCCACUCUCUGACAUCAAUAUAGCUAAGGGACGUAAGCGCAAGCGUGCCGUUAUCGACGAAGAAGAAUCGGAUGAGGGCGAGUAUCGCCCUAAAACUGACUUUCAGGAUGAUGUAAUGGUAGGCGUCGGUGAAGGAUCACCCACUCGCAAACCAUCGCGCUUAAGGAAGCGACUAGGAGCCCCGCCAAAGGCUAGGAAGAGUUUCCCAGCUCCGGUUGCCAGGCGCGAAGAAACUGACGAAGGGGUGGAUGAAGGCAAUGAGCUUGAGUUAACGCCUAAACGGCAGCGUAAGAAACCACGAAGACUCCUUGAGGAUGCUACGCUUGAAGAAAUUGACAAAGCCUUGGUGGUAGAGAGCAAGCCUAUAACUGUACCCAAGCGUCGGGGCAGGAAGCCGAAACAUAUUAAAGAGCAAGAGUUGCGAGAGAAAGAGCAGCGAGAAAAAGAGAUACGAGAGAGAGAAGCCAACAUAGAGGCCAAGGGCGGCGAAGGAGACACGGUCGUCAUAGGGGGGACACAUAAUGCUGUUCAGGGCAGCGCCCCAGGCAGCGCUCAAGGGAGUAGUCGUUUUAAGCAUACGGAAGCUAGGCUUGAGCUUGACUCAGAUUCAGCCGCUGGCAGAGAGACGCCUUCUCUAGCGCGAAACCGACGACAGGCCAAAGACGUGGUAGAAUCCAGCCCAUUAUCAACGCCAGAUUCGGGCAUCGCAUACCCCGAGCUCGACCUAUCCGACUCGGACAUACGGCCCGUAUCUAAAAGAGGACGCACGAGGAAAGGUGCAAGUGGCGAUGAUGAAUAUAACGGCGGAAGUUGGAAUGAUAGCGACGGAGUCAUACACGCCGGUGCUGGUACCGAUGACAGCGAUGAUGACUUACCGAUCGACCGCUCGCGAACCAGGCGCAGACCGGCCAGGUACGAUGAUUAG